UCCUUCCGUGUCGAUGACUGUGAAACUACCACAACCCAUACUGAGUUAGGACAAGUAGCGGAGGCUACCGGAGACGAACUAAAUGUACAUAUUCCGGACAUGACAGCGUGCGACGAUUGCAUGGCCAGGAAAACGUCCUGUGGGUAUAUCGUUUGUGGCAGCCCUGACCAAUAUCGCUGUGGGCUGAUCUACUCCCCCGGAUACCCACACGCCUUCCCUUCUUCAGCCAUCUGUCUGUGGACCAUCGAUGGUCCUCCUGGAAGCUACGUCACGCUUGUGCUGCUGGACGUAGAUUUGCCCUGCGGCAGCCGCGUGCUGCAGGUCAGGGACAGGUUCCUGACGGUAGGGUGGAACACGAUCCACGGGCUGUGUCGCGGCGAGGGCGAACAGAAGCGUUAUGUGUCGAGCUCCAAUGAGAUGCGUUUGGUCAUGCUGGCGACGAGUCACAUUGCUGAUUUUGGCGACAGUCGCGGGUUUAUGGCGACGUACAACGUCAGUACGUUCAGCGCUAGCCGACAAGUGGAGGGCAUUCCUGAUGAUGCAGGUUUCAUCUGCCCAUGCGGUUGGCGCUUGUUCCGCCGAAACUGCUACCUGACAUCUCGCCAUCACGUACGUGUGAACUGGGAGGAGGCAGACGCCAAGUGCCGAGAGUUUGACGCCAACUUAACCAGCAUCGCUGACCGGGCGGAGAUGGAGUUUCUCCACCUGCUGUUGGUCACCAACGUUGUCGUCAAACGCAUCGUUGAUCCAACGCUUUACAUUGGUCUGUACGACAUCCACCUGAACCGAACCUUUGUCUGGACCGAUGGCAUCCCGGUGACUUACAUGGACUGGUCACCCAUGGAUGUAAGAACCUGGUUCCCACAGCCGGACGGAGCCAAGAUGAGCUACUGCGUUGCCAUAGUGAUGAAGAACGUCUGGGGAACGGACCAGUGGUACGACGUGUCCUGUGAUGAACGAGCCACCAGGUCCUUCAUCUGCAAGCGGGCGGCCGGAAGGGUGACCCGUCCGGGAGACAGUGGCUAAACAGCGCAGUCAGAGAGGCAGGCAUAGCCGCAAUACAAACUGUUGUGUGACCCUACUAGCCCCACAGAUAUAGCAGCGCUAAUGUUGUUUGGGCUAAAUUGUUUGCCAGAUACUUUUGAAGUGAAGAAACACACACACACACACACACACACACACACACA